UUUGUUUUAGAACAUUGUUUGGAACAAUACGCUGCUCCAAGCCGACCGAAUGCACGCAGCAGCGUUUUACGCACGAUUGAGACGAAAUAAAGCGUUGAUUUUUGGAGCUAAGCUGAUUAUGGCAGGUUGGUUGAAUGUUGAAGAAUUCGGCUGGAAUAAACUGUUUGUGCUGGCAGAUUUGCAUCAAGUGAAUUUCUACAAAGGCUUGGGGGAGAUGGAGAGAUCUUCACCGGUGUUUUUGAUCGACCUUGUCUCUAUUCAGAAGGCUAGAAUUUCCUCAAAGGACGACGAUCGGGAACUGAUGGCCGAGGAUGUGAACAGUAGAACAUUUGUGUUACUGUAUGACGAAAUAGGUGAAAGGGUAUAUGGACCGUUUUCGGAAACGGAAAAGAAAAACUGGGAUCUCCACGAAUAUAAAGGCCACUUGUUUCAAGACGUGCAAAAUAGAUCACCAACAACGUGUGACGCGUGUAAACAAUCAUUAUGGAGCAUCAGGCAACCUCCACCAGCAGUUAAUUGCACAAGAUGUAACACCCAAGUACAUACGUAUCACUAUGAUGAGGACGACGGUAGCGUUAACCCAUGUCCUAGGAUUCCUAUUGGCACACCAGCUAAACAUGGUGAUGGACUAAACCUGAGGACACUUCGACUAAAGGCGGAUACUAUUGAAAUGAAAUCCACAUGGAUAAGCUACAUCAACAAUAGUGUGCAGCACCGCUCAGAAAUAAAAUCUUAACAUGAUAUUGAGCGUUCUGGACGAGAUACUUUGGAAGCACGAUACACUUGACAUUGUAGAUAAAAGAUUCUGAUUAAUGCAAAAGUGAUUGACAAAUAAGAUUCUAAUUACUAUUCGGUCCAUCAACUAUCCUUGUGUACUGGUAUGUGGUUGCUAUGUUUGAGUGCAUGAUUGACCCGUACGAAACUCCUCUCUUACAAAUGGCAUACUUUCUCCUGGUGAGCUUUCAUGAACGUUAUUGGUCCAUUAAUUUGAAUAGUAAAUUGGAAGCCACAAGGACAAGCGCAGACGCCAAAACUAAUAUAAAGCCAUUAAAUGGGAACAAGGGUAAAGCUCAAUACAUACUCAACGAGCGACACAGCUUGUAAACAACACAGGAAGACCUCACAUUGAUCAGCAUAUUUGUUUUAAUACAUAUACUUUUUUAUGCAUCCGUGGUUAUCGGGUUUGGUAAUGGUACAUAUUAGCUUUGUGUACAUAUUCUGGCACUUGUCCUUACAUGCAUUAAUGUUAAUCUGAAGUUGUUCUAUGAUCGGAAAAUCUACACCUGAUGCUUGCGAGUUGAAACCAGGUCCGACAGAUCCCUAUUCUUUUAUUGUUCUUUUGUUAUUCAUAACGCUAGCUUAGCCUGUAUUCGGUUAACGAAGUUUCCAAGCCAUGCUUGCAAUUAUUUUACAAAGUAUUGUUAACGAGCGUUAGUUGAAGACGAUAUAUUAAUAUGAUGAUGUUUUCUUGAAUGUCUCACCGGUAGUAAUGAGUGUGUAUUUUGUGUUUUAUAUCGUUUGUUUGUUGCAUUGCGGCCAUAUUGUAACAUAGCUUAAUGUGUACAAUUCUUUAAAUACAGUAAGUAUUAUGAUAAAAAUAUUAUUAAGUAUUACGUAUUAACAAGUAUUGUUAUAAUUAAAUUGUAAUUAUAAAUAUUAUUGUUUUAGUAAAACAAAUCGAACAUAAGGCAUUAAUGUUCCAAAUCUCUAAUGAUACACGUUUAACUACGAUAGGGCUCCAUGAUACAGUUCAGUUAAUACACGUUCACACUAACACCUAUGAAUUUUCGGAAAUAUGUAAGUAAGCAUUGGUCGUCGUGCACAUGUGGAAUGUUAAAAAUAUCUCUCUGUCUAAAAAGGUACAACUUUUGCUAUAGUCACAAAUGCACGGACAAAUAUUUUGUCUAUACAAAUGAAUCUUCAUGAAGGCUUCUCAGCAUUUGUAGUUGUGUACCUGCAAUUAUUUUGCUAUUGCUGGUUAACAUGGUCUGCAAAUAUUGAAUUGUAUGGACCUACACUCUUAAAACCUCAGAGAAAUAUAUGUUUCAUAACGCAACUGCUCAUGCUGUUAUUUCCAAAACAUGACAUUAAUUAAUUUAUGGGCCCGGUCGGCUUCUAGGGAUACUCAUCACUUCUUAGAUAGCCCUAAUUUACAAAUGAAGUCAAAAGCCACAUAAUCCGUAUUCUGACGUAAUUAUAUUUGAAUACCUUUGUGUAGUUUUUGCAAGCAUUUCGAUACCUAAACAGUAGACAAUGUACACGUUGUUAUGCUUUUACUGCAUACGUUUGUUUUUGAAUAACUGUAACUAUUAAGCAAAUUUAUUUAUACAAUAAUAUACAUUCUAAAGUUUACGUAUAUAAAGAUUUAACAAUUUUAAUGUUGUAGUUGUACGAUUAAAAGUGUAAAUAUGAUUUCAAUCUUUUAUUUAGUCGAUGACAAUGACAAUUUUCAAACUUUUAACUUUUAAUCACGCCCAAGUGCACGCCUUGAAAACUCCCAUAAUACAGUUGGAGCUACAUGCGACACAAUAUUUUACCGGCCUUUGUUACUUAUACAGUGACCAUGACUAUUUUGAAAUAUGGUGAAUUGAUAAACGUAUCGCGGAUUUACAACUGCCCAUGGCUACCAUUAUUUCUACCAAGAUGCAUUAUAUAAGGUACAAUACUUAAAUAAUAAAAUAACAUUCGAGGCUACAUUGUUUAAGUACUCAUGGACAUUUCUCACAAAUUAAAAAAAAAAAAAAACAAAUAAA